AUGGCGCAAGCAUUGUCACUGGCGUCGGGGUUGUCGCCUGUCGCAACUCAGGCUACCCUCCAGAGCUCCGUUGCUUUGCGAUCGGGCUGUUCCGUUAGUGUGCCUUCCGUAACCGCCACCCGUCUCCACAGCAAUGCUAAGCGGCGCGCAGUGACGUGUCAAGCCGUGGUCGCGGCCGCCGCUGACGGCGCACCUGCUCCGCCUGCGUUUGGCAAGGGCAACAUUGUGCGUGUCGACAAGGAGAAGUACCUCAACAGCGUAGAGUUCAAGGCAGUGGACCAUCCGCCCUUCUUCACGGGGCUGGACUACAUCUACCAGGCCAGAGGCGAGAUUUUGGACCUCAAAGAAUUCGGUGGCAACCAGUAUGCACUGCUUUCUUGGGCAGGAGUGCCCACGCCCCCUGCUUGGCUUCCCACCAGCAUGCUCAUCAAGGCUCCCAAGCUCGAAUACGUGAGGACAUAA